GUUUACACGGGAGGGAGAGGGUUUAUGUAAUGCUCUCCGGCUGCUCUCCUCUACCUCUGUGGCUCUGUAUCUCGCUCUCCGUUCAACCACCACCGUUUGAUUGAUUUUGUUGAAGGAGUGGAGAAUUCUUCAAAUAAAAUGAAAAAAGUUCAGAAAAGGGACAUUAGUUCAGAUGAUGAUGAUGAUAACAUCACAUAUCAACUUCAGAAUGUGGAUAAUGAGAAAUAUAGAAUUGAGGAUCAUCAUACUAAUGGAGAUGAAGAUAGUGAUGAUGAAGAAGAGUAUCACUCAGAAAUAGAAGUUAUGAAUUUGGAGAAUGAGGAAAAUGUUUCUGGAAAUGAGGACAGUGCUUCUAUGGGAGAUGAUGAUGAUGAUGAUGAUGAUGAUGUAGACAUGAAAACAGAAGACAACAAUCAUUCUGAUAGGGAAGAACUCGAGAAGGAAAUAAAUGAUAUAUGCCACCAACAACAAGACCUUUUCAGAAACAUAAGAAGAGACCCAAACGAGGAUCUUCAAAAAGGCAAAGCAGUAAAAAAUCAAGGGGCUCUCUGGGACAAAACUCUUGAAUUCAGAUUUUUACUACAGAAAUCAUUUGUAAAAUCAAAUCGACUUCCACAGGAGCCAAUCAGAUCUGCUUUCUGCAAUUCUUGUGAAGAAGUUAAAGAAGCAUAUUCAGACCUAAUUGAUUCAACUAAGAAAACCCUAGAUUCUAUUCUUAAAUUGCAGGAGGCACUUGUUGAAAAGAAUCCCUCAAUUGUGGAAGCAUCUACUAAAGGUGAUGCAACUGUAGAUGCUUCCAGAAAAGGAGAUGAAGAAUGGUUCAAGAUUUCUCAAAUGCAGUUUAGAAUUGCUCCAUUUAGAGACAUGUCAGUGGAUAAAUGGCAGAGGAAGACACAAGUGACAAGUGGCAUCAAAAACAAAUUUCAAGCUUUCAAUCAGAAUAUCAGUGAACAAGUUGCAUUUUACAUGCGGGACCCAAGUAGAAUGAUCAAAGGGAUGCAACAAAGGAGAUCUGUUGUCCCACUUUUUGGAAAUGUAACAAAUGGUGAUGGUGAUCCCGAACUACUGGAUGACUCGGAAUUCUAUCAACAAUUAUUAAGAGAAUUUUUUGAGACCAUUAAUCCGGAAUCUUCAGCGGAAGCACGUAUUGCACUCAAGAGAUUACAAGCUCAACAACCCGCGUUUUAUGCCCUCAAAAGUCUACAAACAAAAAAACGUAAAAUUGUCGAUCGACGCGCUUCUAAAAGCCGGAAGAUCAGGUAUCAUAUCCAUGAGAAGAUUGUGAAUUUUGUGGCCCCUGAGUCUGUGAAGAUGCCUCCAAUGGCCCCUAAGUUAUUUGAAAACUUAUUUGGUCUUAAAACUCAGAAACUUGCUUCAGUGUAUUAAAAACAUAUUCAAUUUAUUAUUAUUAUUUUUUAAAAUGUUACAUGUAUAUAUCUUUGGAAGUUUGAAGUUAUAGUGGAACUUGGCU